AUGGCCGCCGUUCCACACUACCCCGAAUUUGACUGUGAGUCAACAGCCAAAGCAGCAAGAUGGACAAAAUACAUAAAAAGACUGAAAAACUAUUUUGUCGCACAUAACAUUGAGGAUGACAAACGGCAAAAAGCAAUCCUUCUAACCUUUGUCGGCGAGGCUACGAAUGACAUCAUCGACGAGAUACCACAGGAGCGAGUCACACCAGAAAAAAAUGAAACACAUUUUGACAAGCUUGUCUCAGCGGUGCACAACCACUUCAACCCGGAAAACAACACAGAAUACAACCGAUUUGUGUUCCGGAAAAUUAAACAAAAUAGCCCAGGCAUCGAAGAAUUCUACCGCAAACUAAAGGAAGCUGCGUCUAUGUGCCGGUUUUCCGACAUGGAUUCCGAGGUGAAGUCCCAACUAAUCACAGGCUGCCUGUCGGAAAAAGUCCACCAGAAGGGACUCAUGAACUCGGAUAUGUCACUACAUGACUUAAUAAACUACGCAAGGACAACGGAGACGAUAGCGUCGCACCUACAAACAAUGCGACUGGAAGACAACAACAACACUGCUACUGCUACAACCGCCCCAAUAAACAAAGUCGCGGACGAACAGCGCCGACCAAGCAACUAUCCCCGGCAAUACCGGUGCAGGAAUUGCAACGGAAAAUACCCUCAUGAGCGGGGACCGACGUCUUGCCCGGCAUUUCAUACCCAGUGCACAUAUUGCGGAAGGUGGGGACACUUCACCUCUGCCUGUUUCAGAAGAUUAAACGACGGAAACAGACAACGGGAAACAAAUCGUCCCCCACGAACACAGACCAAUCGACGCUCAGUGAACCGCAUUGAAAACGACCAACGGAACCCACGUAGCAGCGGUAGUGACAUAGAAUACGUGUUCCACACAGGUAAGACGAAAAACCUUCCUUGUUUUAACGUGUCUUUUGGCUAUAGCCGCCAGACGUUCAACGCACUAGCCAACUCAGGCGCCACCAUUAACGUCCUGUCUGAGGCAGAUUUCAAACGUUUGAGACCAGCACCCCACCUCCGACCCACAAAAACGGUAAUAUCUGGGUUUGGUGUAAAGGAAACCACCCCAGCCCUAGGCUGGUUCAACAUACGCCUAGAAUUCAUGGGCACCGUUUGCCAGGCCGACAUACAUGUGAUAAAGAGCCCAGAAAAGCCCAUCAUCAGCUGGGAGACAUGCAAAAGGCUAGGACUGCUAUCUGCACACAAACUCUCCAUCAACCAUAUCAGUGACUCUGACACACAAAUCCCUCCCUCCACCCUUAAACUUCUGGACGACCAUGCAGACCUCUUCAAUGGCCUAGGUAAACUCAAAGGGAAAAAGGUUCACCUACACAUAGAUGAAACCAUACCACCUGUUGCCCAGAGAUACUGCAGAAUCCCCUUCCACGUAAGGAAAGACGUGGAGGAACAAAUAUAUAAAGAUGAGAAACUAGGGGUUAUUGAAAAAGCAGAAGGGCCAACCCCAUGGGUAUCUCCCAUCGUGGUCGUACCGAAGAGGGACCAAAACAAAAUCAGAGUGUGCAUUGAUAUGAGAGCAGCGAACAAGGCCAUUAAAAGGAAACGGCACCCAACCCCCACACUAGAUGAACUGAAAACCAUUCUAUCAGGAGCUAAGAUCUUCAGCAAAUUAGACCUCAAUCAAGGUUACAACCAAUUGGAACUAGCUGAAGAGUCCCGCUACAUAACAACCUUUGCGACACACCUCGGCCUAUACAGAUACAAAAGGCUAUUCUUCGGUGUCAACUCUGCCAGUGAGAUAUUCCAGGAAGAAAUCAGUCAAGCACUUGCAGGGAUUAAUGGAGCCAUCAACAUCAGUGAUGACAUCCUCUGUUUUGGAUCAGACCAGCAGGACCACGACCAAAACCUUCGCACAAUAUUCCAGCGACUUCGCGAAAAAGGUCUCAUCCUCAAUGGCAGCAAAUGUGAGUACAACAAAAGGUCACUGGAAUUCCUCGGACACACUUUUGGCAACAAAGGCAUUAUCCCAAGCAGCCUCAAAAUAAAAACUAUCCUUGGGCUACCCAACCCUAAAAAUGCAUCAGAAGUCAGAAGCUUGUUGGGGAUGACUAACUUCUGUGGUGCACAAUUCAUUCCAAACUACGGGACACUGACUCACGACCUACGUCAACUAACAAAAAAAAACACUCAGUGGUCCUGGACUGAAUGCCACAAUGAAUGCUUAAAACAAAUCAAGGACGCCCUGAGCAAAGCGUGCUCACUCGCCUACUUUGACCCGAACAAACACACUGAGAUAUACACCGAUGCUAGCCCCAUAGGCAUCUCUGCCGUGCUGUCACAAAGUGGACAGGUAGUACAAUUUGCAAGCCGAGCAUUAUCCGCAGUUGAACAAAGAUACUCCCAAACAGAACGUGAAGCCCUCGCUAUCACAUGGGCAUGUGAACAUUUCCACAUAUACAUUUUCGGAGCACCAUUCACUGUGCACACAGAUCAUAAACCCUUGACAUCAAUUUUUAACAACACCCGCUCCCAACUAUCGGCACGCAUUGAACGCUGGGUCUUGAGAACACAACCGUACAACAUGACCGUCAUAUACCGACCAGGUCAUGACAACCCAGCUGACUACCUCAGCCGUCACCCUAUACACCUGCCACUGAGCGACAGAGAACAAAAAGUAGCAGAAGAAUAUAUAAACUACAUCCUCUCAACAUCAACCCCCAAAGCAAUGACGAUUGAAGAAGUCGCAAUGGAAACCGCAAAGGACAAGACACUCACAGCCGUCAUACAAGCCCUCCUCACCAACAAGUGGUACGGUAUUGACGAUGACGUAGAUAAAGCAACAUUCCAAACUCUGCAUGCCAACCGUGCCGAACUCUCACUAGCACACAACGACAGCAUCAUUCUCAAAGGACGCCGGAUAGUACUGCCCAAGACACUACAAAGCAGAGCCGCCCAAAUCGCACAUACCGGACAUCAAGGCAUCGUGAAAUCCACGGCCCUCCUCCGAGAAAAGGUCUGGUUCAAAAACAUGCAGGCCCUAGUAGAAGAAAACAUCAGGAACUGUCACACCUGCCAGAUCAGCACCCACAAACCUGCAAGAGAACCACUGCAAAUGUCCCCACUACCAGCGGCUCCAUGGACAGAAGUCAGCGCUGACUUCGGACACCUCCAAAAUGGGAAAUACCUACUUGUCGUCACAGAUGAGUACUCACGCUACGUUGUUGUUGACAUCCUAGACUCCAUCUCAACGACAUCAGUGAUACCCCGCCUGGACAAAAUAUUUGCGGAGUUUGGGGUACCAGUAUCCCUCAAAACGGACAAUGGCCCACCAUUCAACAGCAGCGAUUUCAAAGACUACGCCUCCAUCACCGGAUUCAAACACAGGAAGAUAACACCCCUGUGGCCCCAGGCCAAUGCUGAAACAGAACGCUUUAUGCGCACUGUAAAAAAGUCCAUCAAGGCUGCCCUAAUUAAAGGCCGAAGCUGGAAGCAGGAAUUAUUCAAAUUCCUACUGGACUACCGAACAACGCCACACUGCACCACAGGUGUACCCCCGGCCUCAGUCCUAUUUGGCCGGACCAUAAAAAACCGCCUGCCACACUUGAUCACACCCAUAGCUGGAGACCCCAGCAUCAGGGAGCGUGGCACACAAGCCAAGACAACUAUGAAACGACACGCUGACAGGAAAACAUACGUGAAACCCAAUGAUCUCAGAGUGGGUGACACAGUCAUUAUAAAAAACGACCACACCUCAAAGGCUCUCACACCCUACCAACCUAACCUAAUGACUGUGACAAAGAAAAAGGGAUCCAUGAUAACUGCCACACAUGAAGGUAACCAAACUACAAGAAAUGCCACCUUUUUCAAGAAAAUCCCAAGACCACCAACAAGCCCCACACAAAACCCACUUGAUUACUCCUCAUCUGAAGAUGAAAACUACACACACACUACAACACCUGCAAAAUCUAAAGACACCCAGGCACAACAUACCCCCAACCUCAGGCGCACCGGUCGAGCAAGACGGCCACCCAAAAGACUCGAUUGCUAA